UGAUUUCCACUUCUGCAACACUGCCUGAGACCUUCCGACAACUGUUAACCCGCCGGUGUCUCACUGAAAUGGGCCAGCAGGAGCCUCAAUCCUCCUCUCUUGCUUCUUCCCACUGGCUCCCAUAUCCAACUCAGCAUACCUGUGGUUGGUUGGGUUUCCUCAGUUGCCCGGCCUGCAAACGACAUAAAAGCCUGAGCUCUUACUUCUGCCUUUGGGACAACGGCUGUUGAUCACAAGAGGAGUGAGAAGCUUGAAUCUCCGUCUGUUUACUUGGCUGUAAUGACGCUGGUUUGCAGCCUAUUUGCAUCCAUACAUUGAUUACAUGACCCAGGAAUGUCUCGUCCUGCUCCAUCCCCCAUUUACACCCUAAGGGGGGCUGGCGGGCCCCUCAACACCCUCCACUUUAGCUGCCAUGGAGGUGACACUCCCAUCCUUUUUUCUGGGUCAGGGAAGGGUGUUAUCCAUAUCUGGAACCUGAAUAGCAGGAGGGCUGAGAAGAUUGUAGAGGGUCAUUCUGGUAGCUCGGUCAUCUGGCUCAGCACACUGCAGUCGACGGAUGCCCUCAUCAGUCAGGGACGGGACAUGCAGGUCUGUCUGUGGGACCUGAGAGAAGGUCGCAAUGAGGUGGUGGACAAUGUGUGGACUGGCAGCGUUGGGUUCUGUCAGUGCUCCCUGCUGGAGACAGGCCCUGGAAACAACCUGCUGGCCUUUGCUGGACAACAGACAGAGGAGAUCAGGAUUAUUGAGCUGCCCAGCAAGUCCCCAGUCUGCACCCUGGUACCAGACACUAAGCUGGGGAUGGUCAUGUGUAUCAAACUGUGGCAGCCAGACUCGGGUUCCAGACCUCUCCUGUUGGCUGGAUACGAGGAUGGCUCCCUGUUGCUGUGGGACGUAACCCAGAGGUCCAAGCUGAGCCAAGCCAAAGCCCACCCUGAGCCUGUCAUGUGCCUGACCUUUGACACCAAGCGUCUGAGGGGCAUAUCAGGCUCCUCUGAGAAGAAGCUCUCCUCCUGGAUACUGGACAGACAGGACAACCUGCAGCUCCAGGACUGUGUGACGCUGGUCAACCCUGGGGUUUCCCAGCUGUGCAUCAGGGAGGACGGUAAGCUACUGGCGUCAGCAGGCUGGGAUCACCGGGUGCGGGUGUUCAGCUGGAAGAAGCUGCGACCGCUGGCGGUGCUUCAGUACCACACUGACAUGGUGCUAAGUGUGGCCUUCUCAGACCACCAGGACCCUAAACAAAGACUGCUGGCUGCUGGAUCCAAGGACCAGAGGAUCAGCUUGUGGUCAAUAUACAAUGAGGGAGCUGACACUGGCUGAACCUGAGCUCUGAGAGGAUAUAGACUUGAACUCAGUACAUUCAUAACUGUCAGCUUUACUAAUGCAAUGAUGAUGUUCUGAUUUCCAGAAUGCCAAAAAUGAUUUUUAAUUUGUUUCCCAAGUUGCACCACAGAGAGGUGUUUCUGUUAUUUAGCUGACUGUCACUGAUAUAAAAGGGGUGGACAAAAUAAUAGAGGCAAGCACCUAGCAGUUGCAAUACAAUGCAAAACCACCAAAAAUGAUGUCCUUCAAAAUGAUUAUACAUCUAAAUCAAGACCUCUCUAAAACACCUUUAUAACUAAAAUUGAACAUUAUAGCCCUCAUGAAGGUGGGUUCUAGAGCAGGACUCUUUUAAACUGUAUUAGACUGCAGUGGCUGUUUUCCAGGUGUACCUAAUAAACUGGCACCUGAGUGUAUUUGUCUCUUGGAGACAUAGAGUUACAAGGCAGUGAAAAUGAAAAUGUAAGGAAAAACUGUUCGUGAUCAAGGUCUUAUUUUCUUAUGUCAUGAUUCAAAAUAUAACCUGUCAGAGCUGUUA